AUGGAGGAACUGACACCAAGUGCGAUUUCCCUUCUUGAGAGCUGGUUCUCUAGUACGCUCUUCGGUGUCAACCUCAUCCUAUACUUCUUUUGCAUUCGCGCGCUCUUGAGACCUUCGGAGCAGAGCGUCAGCGGAAGAUGGUUCCUCAUACUGGUCUCGACGGUUCAGAUAUUGAUUUGUGGCGCACAAUCUGGCGUUCUCCUGGCUAGGAACUUAUACGCAUUUGUAUCGCUGGAUGGGGGCGAGCUUGCGUCCAAGUACUUGAGGGAACAGGCGGCGGGUCUGCAUGUUGCAGACCAGGCCAUGUAUACUGUCAACGAUUGGAUUGGUAGCGGUAUCUUGCUCUGGCGAGCGUGGACUAUCAAUGGGCGUGGCUGGAAGCUCUGUUCGCCGUUGCUUGUGCUUUGGGUUUUACUCUUCGUCAGCUUGAUCAAUAUCCUGAACAAUCUCGUACAACUGCGAGCAGAUGAGGCUGUUUUCGAUUCGUCCUUGGCGGUCUGGAUCUUGGCAUUCACAGUUCUUUCACUCCUUUUGCAAGUCGGUGCAACGACAUUGAUUGCCUGGCGUAUAUUCAUAAGUAUCGGCUGGCGAAACCCUCAGUGGUGGACGCGCGAAUGGCACGCUCUUCGCAUUGUCGUUGAGAGCGGAGCGGUGUACGGGCUGCUGACCUUGCUGUCCCUCAUCUCCUUCCUCGCGCGCGUGAAUGUCGGGACGAUCGACGUCGACAUCCUUGUUCAAGUUAGUGCAACCGCUCCGUUCUUGAUGAUCGUCCGCGCACAAGCGCACCGCGAGAGUCUACAGGAUACCAAGCGCAACUCGAAGUCAAACCGCGAGCGCGAGGCGCGAUCAAAGAGCAACUCCACAACCGACGCGGCACACACAUCGUCUUUAUCCUCUGUCAUUCCUCCGGACAGUGCCCGCAGCCGCUGGACGAUCGAGGUCCAACUCGAGGCAAGCGACAGCAGGGAGGAUGAAGAUCGCAAGGUUACUCAUGAUCAACUCAAACCGCCACAUUCACCUCAUUCGUACUGGUCUCCUUGA